AUGGAAAACUACUCCUACAACAGUUUUAUGCUCCAGAUGGAGGGCUUAAAGGUCACAAAGAAAUCUGUGUACCCUGUCUUUUUUGUUUUCUUCAUUUCCUACAUUGUUAUAAUGUUUAUGAAUGUGGGCAUUUUGAUUCUUAUUAUCAUUGACAAGAACCUUCAUCAGCCAAUGUAUCUCCUUUUUUGCAACCUGUCAGUCAGUGACAUCAUUGGAAGUACUCAUAUUGUGCCGAGGCUGCUCUCAGAUAUCCUGCAUCCUCCCUCUGAACGUCUCAUCAGUUAUUACGAGUGUGUGGUUCAGGCUUUCACCACACAGCUGUUCGGCACCACUUCCCACACUGUGCUCAUGAUCAUGGCCUUUGACAGAUAUGUGGCCAUCUGUAAUCCACUACGCUAUGCUUCCAUAAUGACAAACAAGAUAGUGGUCAAGCUGACGGCUUCUGCCUGGGGAGUGGCCUUUGUCUUGGUCUCUAUUCUGCUCGGUCUGACCAUCAGGCUAAAUCGAUGCCGGACUCUGAUCAAAAACCCUUUUUGCGACAAUGCCUCACUGUUUAAACUCUCCUGCGAAAGUGUCUUUAUUAAUAAUAUCUAUGGCCUCACAUUCACUGUGGUGUUGCUCACAACCUCCAUAGGAAGCAUAGUUCUAACAUAUGCUCAGAUCACUAUUGUGUGUCUGAACAGUAAGAGCAAGUCUCUGAACAGUAAGGCCCUGAAGACCUGCAGCACUCACUUAAUGGUGUAUCUGAUCAUGUUGUUCAGUGGAAUGAUUAUCAUUACUCUGCAUCGUUUCCCUCAGUACUCAGAUUACAGAAAACUUGCUGCCAUUCUGUUCGUCCUCGUCCCUGGAAGCCUCAACCCCGUUAUUUAUGGUGUACAGUCCAAAGAGAUACGGAAAUUCUUAUCCGAAAUGUUUUGCACUAAGAAAUGUUUGUCAUGUAAAAAAUAA